AUCAAGGAGGAUCAGGGCCCCUGCCGUGACAGGCUCACAGGGGAUCGUGCGCCUCCCACCAGAGCCGCACACACAGCAGGCCUGGUUUUCCCAUUUGGAGAGGGAACUGGGCUCCUCAGAGGCCAGACUGAAGUGUGCGGCAGCCCCGCCUCCUUGGACUUUCAUUCAUUCUUUUAACAAAGUCAUUCAUUCAGCCAGUGUGUGCUGAACACCACCAUGUGCCAGGCUUGGGCGUCGGGGGUGGGGCAGGGAGCCAGCCGGCCAGAGCCCUGGGCCCUGCAUCCUGCAGUCCAAGGGGGCCACAGACCAGACAACCCAACACCAACAUCUCGGCCAAGGUGGCGGGUCAGGAACGACGUGGCAUGUAGGGCACUGCGCAGAGCCCCUCAGCUUUCCUUGGGGGGCGGCGGGGGGCCGGUGCUGUUUGUCACAGAAGCCUUCCCCACAGACAGGCUGUCUAGGCUGCCGGCAGAGGGAGCGAGGCAUUAACCAGAACAGGCGGGGCAGGAAGUGCCUCUCUGCAGGGGAGGUGGGAGGCUGAGAGGAGAGGAGGCAGCGUCUGAGGGUGUGCAUGGGGGCUGGGGGAACGGGGUCUGGGCCAUAGAUGGCCUGGUGGUCUCUGUGAGCACUUGGACUUCACCCUUUGGGCUGUGGAUGCCUCAGAAGAGUCUUAAGCAGGAGAAUGAGACAUAUCAAGUCAGACGUUUCAUUGCAAACAGCAGAAAUGGGCUCCAGCCAACUUAAGAGAGAUUUCUGGAAAGGUCUGUGGGAGCUCCCACAUGGAGGGAAAGGUGGAAGAGCCAGGCCCCACAAGGCAGAACUGGCCCAGCAGCCUCUCUUGGAGGGGCCAGUGUUGAGACGGUCCUUGGUCUUGCUGUCCCCAGAUUCUAAUUUCCAGGAGAACAAAGGUGCAGGAAUACUACACUGGACACCACCCAGCAGCAACCGAAGGGACUGUCCAUCAGUAGGACAGGAAGAAAUUGCACAGACAUGACAUUGUGAGCAAAAGAAGCCAGAUCCAAAAGAGUCCAUGGUCCAUUUGUAGGAGUUCUAGGACAGGCAGUCAGGUACGGGGGCAGAAAUCAUAGCAGUGGCUGCCUCUGCAGGGGGCUCACUGGAAAGGGCUCAAGAGAACAUCCUGGGUGGUGAGGAUGGACACUGUGCUGGUUACAAAGGUGCAUUUUCAUCAGACUAUACAGGUAAAAUCUAUGCUUUUUGUCCUAUGUGAAUUACAUCACAAUGAAAAAAGAGAAUGGAAGUAAAAGCUGUUCUUUUGCUAACAACAAAUCAAUCAAUCAAUCCAGGGAAAGAGAGUCUGCCUGGGUAGGUCAGACCACACACACCCAUCAUUCCUUGGCCAGGGGAUAGGGGGCACCCUGCCAGACAGCUCCCGCAAGACCUCUUACAACGAGGGAAGGUAAUUUCCGGAAGGCCAGCCAAAGAACUGUUGUCAAUAGAUGAGGGAAGAAACACCGAGAGGGCAAGCACCGGCCUGGUGCUUGGAACACUAAAAGAGAUGGCCCCAGGUUGUUUACUUACAAUGUGAAACAGUGUAACCAAGUAUAAAAGAAUGUUAGUUUCAUUAGUCUAGCACCAAGGAAACCCGUGUGGGGCAAGAGCUGGCAAGUGAGAAGUUUAUGUGGGCUGGUAAGGUGGGAGAUUUAUCUACAAGGUCCUUUUAAGGAUUAGAAUUGGUGAAAUCUUGGGUUCUCUCACCUCAGGCCACCCAUGGACACGUGACUGAAGCAGCAGCAUCCACCAGGCUUCUCAUUCUAGGGGGAGGAUCAGGAUGGAAAAUGUCUGGAAGGCAGGGAUUGCCCUGUUGGGGACUUUUCCCCAGGGUUGUUGCCUCAGAGAAAAGAAAUAUGGUCUCCCUGAAUCCUUGAAUUAACUCCUCUGGCCUCAAAAAAAAAAAAAAAAAAGAAGGCCAGGCGCGGUGGCUCACGCCUGCAAUCCCAACACUUUGGGAGGUCAAGGUGGGCGGAUCACCUGAGGUCAGGAGUUUGAGACCAGCCUGGCCAACAUGGUGAAACUCUGUCUCUACUAAAAAUACAAAAAUGAGCUGAGUGUGGUGGCAGGCACCUGUCAUCCCACCUAUUCCAGAGGCUAAGGCAGGAGAAUCCCUUGAACCCGGAAGGUGGAGGUUGCAGUGAGCCGAGAUCACACCACUGCACUCCAGCCUGGGUGACAGGCGAGACUCCAUCUCAAAAAAAGAAAAGAAAAAUCAGAGACAAGUGCUGGUCACAUGGCAUGUCAGCUGUUGGCCCACUCCGUGUGUUAGUCGACAUGUGCAUGCACAUCCCCGCCUCCGUCCAGGGCAUUUAAACCCUCUUGUGGGUGCUCCCCGCAGCUGCCAUCAGAGCCCUGCCCAAAGAGAGCUGGCCUUCCCACUUCGUGCUCCUGUGCUGGGGACCCGGGACACCAGCACCCUCCCCGCCCCAGCCAGUGCUUUCCUCCCGGCCCAUGGGGACCCUGGUGGCCAAGCUGCUCUUGCCCACCCUCAGCAGCCUGGCCUUUCUCCCCACUGUCAGCAUCGCGGCCAAGAGGCGGUUCCACAUGGAGGCCAUGGUCUACCUCUUCACCCUGUUCUUCGUGGCGCUCCACCAUGCCUGCAAUGGACCCGGCUUGUCUGUGCUGUGCUUCAUGCGUCAUGACAUCCUGGAGUAUUUCAGUGUCUACGGGACAGCCCUGAGCAUGUGGGUCUCGCUGAUGGCACUGGCCGACUUCGACGAGCCCAAGAGGUCAACAUUUGUGAUGUUCGGCGUCCUGACCAUUGCUGUGCGGAUCUACCACGACCGCUGGGGCUACGGGGUGUACUCAGGCCCCAUUGGCACAGCCAUCCUCAUCAUUGCGGCAAAGUGGCUACAGAAGAUGAAGGAGAAGAAAGGCCUGUACCCAGACAAGAGCGUCUACACCCAGCAGAUAGGCCCCGGCCUCUGCUUCGGGGCACUGGCCCUGAUGCUACGCUUCUUCUUCGAGGACUGGGACUACACUUAUGUCCACAGCUUCUACCACUGUACCCUGGCUAUGUCCUUUGUUCUGCUGCUGCCCAAGGUCAACAAGAAGGCUGGAGCCCCGGGGGCCCCGGCCAAGCUGGACUGCUCCACCCUGUGCUGUGCUUGUGUCUGAUGCUGCGCCCAGCCCGGCUCUGAGCCCCUGCCCUCCCCAGCUCACACUUGGCCAGAGUCCCAGACAGUUUCUCCUCCUGCAGCUCCUGCUGUCCUUCCCUGCCCUGGGGCAAUGCAGGAGAAAUAUCUCUUCCAUACCCUGAGAAGUCCCCGGGGGUCUGUGAAGCGCCCACCACGCUGCACUAAAUGCUUCUUAAGAACCUGCUUAUUCCCUUGUGACAGGGUACACAGGACCAAGCUGGAAAGAUAAGAAUGUUCUCCUCCCAGGCCUUGUCACGACCCAUUGGCGUGUCUGGUGGAGCCCUAGGUCUGGCGUCUGCCCACCCCACUGCUGGCCAGCAGCCCAGGAGUCCCAGCCGGGUGCCAGCCAUGACGGGGGGGCUUCUAUGUCUUCAGUUUUCUCCUGGAAACUGCUAUCACCAUCUCUGUCCUAUGUCCUCAGGCUCCGAAUGACCCCAUUUAGGAAGCUGGGGCCAGCAGGGCCAGCUGGAUCCCUGGCCCAGGCCACUCCGGCCCCACCCCUCCCACUGGGUCCCUGAAUCAAGCCAUUUUCAUAAUUAUAACCAAUAAGAAGUGCCUCCAUGUAUC